UAAGACUUCCGCUUCCUUUGCAGAGUUCCCUUGUUGUGGCGUGUGUCGGGAGAGCGAAGCGCCAAAAAAACACGUUUUGCUAAAGCUCCGCGUGUGUUCGUUUUAUUGCAGAAUCGGGAGAAGUUGAGUCGGGAUCUGUGACGCUCUUCAUGGCAAUCAGAAGGGGACACGUUAGAUACUUAAAAGAGGCCUAUGACAUGUCGAACGGUUAUGAAGAUCACAUGGCUGGUGAGCCUAAAGAUUGCAAGACAAACCUCAUCGUCAACUACUUGCCUCAGAGUAUGAGCCAAGAUGAGCUGCGGAGUCUGUUCGGCAGCAUUGGGGAGGUGGAGUCUGCUAAACUUAUUCGGGACAAAGUAGCAGGCCACAGUUUAGGGUACGGAUUUGUUAACUAUCUUAACCCUAGUGAUGCAGAAAGAGCAAUCAGUACUCUCAAUGGACUGAGACUACAGUCUAAAACUAUCAAGGUGUCAUAUGCCAGGCCAAGCUCUGAUACCAUAAAGGAUGCCAACCUUUACAUAAGUGGGCUGCCGAAAACAAUGAUGCAGAAGGAUGUAGAAGAAAUGUUUGGAAGUUAUGGCAGAAUAAUCAACUCCCAUGUCCUGGUUGAUCAAGCGUCAGGACUCUCUCGUGGUGUGGCUUUCAUUCGGUUUGACAAGAGAGCAGAGGCAGAGGACGCAAUUAAGGACUUGAAUGGGCAGAAGCCUCCAGGAGCUGCAGAGCCAAUCACUGUAAAGUUCGCUGCCAGUCCCAACCAAAUGAAAAACUCACAAUUUAUUCCACCUACCUACCACACACCGCCUCGCCGCUUUGGGGGGCCCGUCCACCACCAGGCCCAGAGGUUCAGGUUCUCUCCAAUGAGUGUGGACCACAUGAGUGGCAUGUCUGGAGUUAACAUGGGGCCUGGGAACUCCUCGUCAGGCUGGUGUAUUUUCGUUUACAACCUUGGCCAGGAUGCAGAUGAGGGAAUUCUGUGGCAUAUGUUCGGGCCUUUCGGUGCCGUGACAAAUGUGAAAGUGAUCCGCGACUUCAGCACCAACAAGUGCAAAGGAUUUGGGUUUGUUACCAUGACAAACUAUGAAGAAGCAGCCAUGGCUAUCGCUAAUCUCAACGGCUACCACCUCGGGGAUAAGAUUUUACAAGUGUCAUUCAAAACAAGCAAGUCACACAAGUAGAAAGUAGGGUUGCCAGGAAAAUAAAGGAGAGGGAUGUUGUCUGCGAAGCCAGAGAAAUUGGCGCAGUUUUGAAAAAGAAAAAAAAAAUUUUUUUAGUGUAAUCAUGACUUCGCAAAUGUUUCUAAGUCUUGUUUAGACAUCUCGUUUCUUUUAAGAUUCAAGCUGUUGGAUGCUUCAAAUGCAAGUGUUUUAGGCAUUCUAGUUUAUCCCAAUAUUUGACAAAUUUCGCUUUCGAUACAGAUUUGUGUCUCUGAUGUUAGCCUGAUAUUGUUGCUAUGUGCCAUAUGUGGUCAAACACCUCAUUCAACAGAUGCUGGAUUUAAAACCCAGAUUUGUCUUUUUGUCAGUAUCUUCAUCCUACAUAAUGUAGCACUUUUUGGUUUGGCAGGAAUCUCAUGAUCCAUCUCACAACAGUUCAAUUGUUUAUUAAAAUCUGAGUUUUAAAUGCGGCAUGCUGAGUGCUUCAUUGAGAAAAAGAGAAAUCUUUAACUAAAUUUUUUGCAAGGGGCCCUCUGAAUAGACUGAUAACUAAGGCAUGAAUGGACCAAAGACGUGAACGGAAGGUUUAGCUUCCCCCAGCAGAGGUGCAGGUUGCAUAUCCCUAAACGUAUUCCAAAAGGAUUCGGACAACUGAAUACUAGGUACUGAGUAUUUAUGUAAAAAUUUAUUAACAUUUGAGCAUCAGCAUCUUAUGUUUAUGGUUUGCAUUUUCUUUAGUUUCUGUUUCUCUAGGCUAAAACAUACUUUAAGUUUAGUUUGGUUAUUUGAAAAUGGAUAUCCAGUACUAAUGCAUAUGCUUUUUAAGAUUGCCUUGUGAUAUUUUUGUUUUCUUUUCUCUUUUGUGUUUCCUUUUUGAAAUCUUUCAUUUUGUUUCACAUGGCAUUUACGAUCAUUAAAUUGUAUAUUGUUUUGCUCA